AUGAGUCCGCCGUUCCUUACGCAGCGACGUGAGAUGGCCGCCUCUAAGGGAACCAGGCAGCUUGGAGACUCUGAAACGUUGCUGGAAGAUUCUGAAGUCCCGCUUGAAGGUGUUGUGGUAGACGAUGCUGUGGUGGUGCCGGACGGUGCUGAGGUAGUGCCGGACGGUGCUGAGGUAGUGCCAGACGGUGCUGAGGUAGUGCCAGACGGUGCUGAGGUAGUGCCAGACGGUGCUGAGGUGGUGCCGGACGGUGCUGAGGUGGUGCUGGACGGUGCUGAGGUGGUGCCGGACGAUGCUGAGGUGGUGAAGGACGGAGCUGAGGUGGUGAAGGACGGUGCUGAGGUGGUGAAGGACGGUGCUGAGGUGGUGAAGGACGGUGCUGAGGUGGUGCCAGACGGUGCUGAGGUGGUGCCGGACUGUGCUGAGGUGGUGCCGGACGGUGCUGAGAUGGUGCCGGAUUUUGCUGCUGGCAUACAGGUGCCACGGACUGAAUUGUAG